CUAUAAGACGACUCGAUUAAAAUCGACUUAAAAAAAAUUCAAUUACAGUUUAAGCCUCCCAUCUCAUUGCUUAUAAAACGUAAUUUAAUUUUAUAGAAUUGCACAUAAAUGGAUGCUUCACCGGAAUUAUGCAGCCCUGUUGAGGACAUACAAUAUUUGCUUUACAUUGAAUCGCUUAAACGGUAUAUGGAUCUAACCAAGAACAUCAAGCGCCAAGUAAAUGAACAUGCGCGCGUCAACAGUGACAUCAAAUUUGAUUAUUUACGGGAGUAUGAGCGUCUGGCCAACUUGAUGAAGCAGGUGAACCUGUGUACGGUACUGGAAGCCCAAAGCCCACAGGACGGUAAACUAUUAGAAGAUAUGCUCCACAAACUGACAGCAGUGAGCGCCAAAAUAGCCAACGACAAACUAUAUGCGGAAAUAGAUGGGCCUACUUUAAAUGAAUUUAAGGCUCAGCUGGGAAACAAGCAUAGGCCACGCACCCAGCUUACCAAGCAUGAGUCGGAUGUGGCUGAGAAUUGCAAGACAAUCCGGGCUGUGCGAACAACGCUAGAGCAUGUGGAGAGCGGCGUCGAUAUAGCCACAUCUUUAACUCUAGAUCAGCUGGCUAAUGAACUACAGCCGCCGCAAAAAUAGCCCUAAACUAUUGUUAUUUGUACGAUACUAAAAUAUAU